AUGUAUUGCCAUGCGCAUAUGGUCACGGGUGCUCUCGUCGAACAAAUAAUUCUAUCCUCAGGCUCGCUUUAUCUGUCUCCUCCUCAACCCAAGCAGCGUGGUCUGGCCUUGGUAAAGUCGCUACAGGAGUAUAUCAAGACCACCACACGUCAAAGCUUGCGUAGUGCAUCAGUCGAAUCACUCCUGACAGGCUUGCGCGAGCUGAAUAUCAACACAAUGUGGCUUCAAACGGAGCCUGGUCUUAAGGAAUGGCGGACGAGGACUGGCCGUGUCAAGAGACUCUUUGUGGGCGAUGUCGAGUAUGAGUCAGUAAUUUGGGCGAACGGCAUACGAUCCAUGACUGGUGAAGAAGUUGUACAAGCUUUUGACAACAUGGGCAGUACAGCACAAGACCUGAAAGAUCUCUAUGGCAUCAUGCCGGAUCGUCCUGCGGCGUGCCAUAUUGGUGCUUUGGACUUUCUCAACGAUGUCCUCUUCGCACUUCCCGUGGAGAAGAUCCACCACGACUGGCAGAAAAUCGAACAACCUGUCUUCCGCUACCUUCUCGACCAGCCGAACCCGUGGCAAACUUCGCACCGAGCACAUCACGCUGUAGAUCUGCUCUUCCUGUUCGGCAGUAACGAUAUGUCUUUCGAUCGUGCUGCUGAUAGGGUCGGUCACGAACUGAGAGCAAGAUGGAUCGCGUUCAUUAAUGGUGAUGAUCCUUGGUCAACAGCUAAGACCUUCGCCUUCGGUCCAGUCGGCGAAUGUCGGGAAUUAGAUGACAGUGAGAUUGCAUCACGCAGGAGAAAGCGACAUAUAGAUUUCCUCAGGACAUGCGACCCUGAUAGUGUAUCACUGGUGGUGAAAAGUCUCGCAGCUGGUCGCAUCAGUCUCUUGAAUUAG